GCAAAGUAAAAGCAGCAGCUUUGUUUUUAGCGCUCCCUGCCCGCGCCGGGCCCCAGGGAGCAUCGGGCCCUCGGGCCCCCUCCCCCCCCUCCCCGGCCCGCGGCCCCUCCCCCCCGGCCCGCGGGCCCCCCCCGGGAACUUGUUGCCCGGCGGGGGCAGCUGCCCCGCGGCGCGGGCAGCCGGAGGACGGGCUUCCCUCCUCUGCGGCGCGGUGGGCGCCUUGGCGGUGGAAACCGCUCCGCGCGCGCUGCCUCCUUCUGCAGGCCGGCCCGGAGGCCCGAGCCCCUUCCUCGCCCGCCGCCCCCACGCAGCCCGCCCGCAGACCCCGGCGGAGCCCGGGCCCGGGGGCCGGUUCCAUCCGCGCGGAAAGCGGGGGGGGGGGAGGAGCUGCGAGGUCUGAAGCGAAGGGCGGAGGGCUUCUCUCCCCGCUGUGCAAUGGGCUGACAGAGCGGGGCUGGGCCGGCUGGGUGGGCGGGGCACGGCGCCCCCCCGCGCGGCGCGCAUUGGCUGCCUCCGCCCCCCCCCGGACGGUGGUACGGUCCUCGGCGAGGUGGGCGGCUCUGGGGCGGCCGGGCUGGGAGCCGCCGGGAGCUGCUGGGGCUGCGGCCGGCCCUGCCCCCUCCCCUUCCUUUCGGGCUGCAGCAGCCCGAGCGCAGCGUGCGGGCGCCGAGGCUCGCCGGGCUCCGGAGCCAGCCCGUGCCGCCGCCGCCGCUCCCGCGCCCGCUCCGCCCGCCCCAGCCGCCGCCGCCGGGGCCGGGGGCCCGCGGGGGAGACCGCGCGGAGUCCUCGGCAGCCGGGGCGGCGGCCUCGGAGCAGUGACAGGUGCAGAGCCCGGGCCGGCUCGGAGCGGGGCGGCGCGUCCGCGGGACCCACCUGCCGCCGCCGCGAUGCCCACCAUGCGGAGGACCGUGUCCGAGAUCCGCUCCCGGGCCGAGGGCUAUGAAAAGACAGAUGAUGUUUCAGAGAAAACCUCUCUGGCUGAUCAGGAAGAAAUAAGAACUAUAUUUCUCAAUCAACCUCAGCUGACCAAGUUCUGCAACAACCAUGUGAGCACAGCCAAGUACAACAUCAUUACAUUCCUGCCAAGAUUUCUGUACUCCCAGUUCAGAAGAGCUGCAAAUUCCUUUUUCCUUUUCAUUGCAUUGCUUCAGCAAAUACCUGAUGUGUCACCAACAGGUCGCUAUACAACGCUGGUUCCUCUCUUAUUUAUCUUAACAGUGGCAGCUAUCAAGGAGAUCAUUGAAGAUAUUAAACGGCACAAGGCUGAUAAUGCAGUGAAUAAGAAACAGACACAAGUUCUGAGAAAUGGUGCUUGGGAAAUUGUUCACUGGGAAAAGGUGGCAGUAGGGGAAAUAGUGAGAGUGACCAAUGGGGAACACCUCCCAGCAGAUCUCAUCAGUCUUUCUUCAAGUGAACCGCAGGCCAUGUGUUACAUUGAAACGUCCAACUUAGAUGGAGAAACUAACCUGAAAAUACGACAGGGUUUGCCAGCAACAUCAGAUAUUAAGGAUAUUGACAGUUUAAUGAGAAUUUCUGGCAGAAUUGAGUGUGAGAGUCCAAAUCGGCAUCUUUAUGAUUUUGUUGGCAAUAUUAGACUUGAUGGACAUGGAACUGUUCCCCUGGGAGCUGAUCAAAUUCUUCUUCGAGGAGCUCAAUUGAGAAAUACACAAUGGGUUCAUGGAAUAGUGGUCUAUACUGGCCAUGAUACCAAGCUUAUGCAAAAUUCAACAAGUCCACCACUGAAGCUCUCCAAUGUGGAACGGAUUACAAAUAUACAAAUUCUGAUUUUAUUUUGUAUCCUGAUUGCCAUGUCUCUAAUCUGUUCCAUUGGUUCGGCUAUUUGGAACCGAAGGCAUUCUGGAAGGGACUGGUAUCUCAAUCUCAAUUAUGGUGGAGCUAACAAUUUUGGGCUGAAUUUCUUGACUUUUAUCAUCCUCUUCAACAACCUCAUUCCAAUCAGCUUGUUGGUUACUUUAGAAGUUGUUAAAUUUACCCAGGCUUACUUCAUAAAUUGGGAUCUAGAUAUGCAUUAUGAACCGACAGACACUUCUGCUAUGGCUCGGACAUCCAAUCUCAAUGAAGAACUUGGCCAGGUCAAAUACAUAUUUUCUGAUAAAACUGGUACCCUGACUUGCAACGUGAUGCAGUUUAAGAAAUGUACAAUUGCCGGAAUUGCUUAUGGCCAUUUCCCUGAGCCUGAGGAUUAUGGGUACUCUGCUGAAGAUUGGCAGGGCUCACAGCCUGGAGAAGAAAAAAUAUUUAAUGAUUCAUCAUUACUGGAAAAUCUCCAAAGUAAUCAUCCAACUGCACCAAUUAUAUGUGAAUUUCUUACAAUGAUGGCCGUCUGUCAUACAGCAGUACCAGAAAGAGAAGGUGAUAAGAUUAUUUACCAAGCAGCAUCUCCAGAUGAAGGAGCCCUGGUCAGAGCUGCCAAACAGCUGAAUUUUGUUUUCACUGGAAGAACACCUGAUUCAGUCAUUAUAGAUUCUCUUGGACAGGAAGAAAGAUAUGAAUUACUCAAUGUCUUGGAGUUUACCAGCACCCGAAAAAGAAUGUCAGUGAUUGUCCGCACUCCAUCUGGGAAGUUACGGCUCUACUGCAAAGGAGCAGACACUGUAAUUUAUGAUCGUCUGGCUGAAAGUUCAAAAUAUAAGGAAAUUACUUUAAAACAUUUAGAGCAAUUUGCUACAGAAGGGUUAAGAACUUUGUGUUUUGCUGUGGCUGAGAUUUCAGAGAGCGACUUUCAAGAAUGGCGUUCAGUAUAUGAGCGAGCUUCAAGUGCUAUACAAAACAGGUUGCUCAAACUGGAGGAGAGUUAUGAGCUGAUUGAAAAGAAUCUUCAGCUACUGGGAGCCACAGCCAUUGAGGACAGAUUACAAGAUCAGGUACCCGAGACUAUAGAAACGCUAAUGAAAGCUGACAUCAAAAUCUGGAUCCUCACAGGAGAUAAACAAGAAACUGCCAUUAACAUUGGGCAUUCUUGCAAACUCUUGAAGAAGAACAUGGGUAUGAUCGUCAUAAAUGAAGGGUCUCUGGAUGCAACAAGAGAAACUCUCAGCCAUCAUUGUACUACCCUUGGUGAUGCUCUCAGAAAGGAAAAUGACUUUGCUCUAAUAAUUGAUGGCAAAACUCUGAAGUAUGCCUUAACUUUUGGAGUGAGACAGUACUUCCUGGAUUUAGCUUUGUCCUGCAAGGCUGUUAUCUGUUGCAGGGUAUCACCUCUUCAAAAAUCUGAAGUUGUGGAGAUGGUUAAAAAACAAGUGAAAGUCAUAACACUGGCAAUUGGUGAUGGAGCAAAUGAUGUUAGCAUGAUACAGACAGCACAUGUCGGCGUCGGGAUAAGUGGCAACGAAGGGCUGCAAGCAGCUAAUUCUUCUGACUACUCCAUUGCACAGUUCAAAUAUCUGAAGAACCUACUGAUGGUUCAUGGAGCCUGGAACUACAACCGAGUAUCCAAAUGCAUCCUCUACUGCUUCUACAAGAAUAUAGUGCUCUAUAUUAUUGAGAUCUGGUUUGCCUUUGUAAAUGGCUUUUCCGGACAAAUUCUCUUUGAACGCUGGUGUAUAGGCCUUUACAACGUGAUGUUUACAGCGAUGCCUCCUCUCACUCUUGGAAUAUUUGAAAGAUCUUGUCGAAAAGAGAAUAUGCUGAAGUAUCCAGAAUUAUACAAAACGUCUCAGAAGGCGUUGGAUUUCAACACAAAGGUUUUCUGGGUUCAUUGUUUAAAUGGCCUCUUCCACUCAGUUAUUCUGUUUUGGUUUCCACUAAAAGCCCUCCAGUAUGGUACUGUAUUUGGAAAUGGAAAAACUUCUGAUUAUCUAUUGUUGGGAAACAUUGUUUAUACUUUUGUAGUGAUCACUGUGUGUUUAAAAGCUGGAUUGGAAACAUCAUAUUGGACUUUGUUCAGCCAUAUAGCAAUUUGGGGCAGCAUUGCACUCUGGGUGGUGUUUUUUGGAAUCUACUCAUCUCUGUGGCCUGCAGUUCCUAUGGCACCUGAUAUGUCGGGAGAGGCAGCCAUGCUCUUUAGUUCUGGAGUCUUCUGGAUGGGACUGUUAUUUAUUCCUGUGACAUCUUUGCUUCUUGACAUUGUAUACAAAGUAAUCAAGAGGGCCACUUUUAAAACACUGGUAGAUGAAGUUCAGGAGUUAGAGGCAAAAUCCCAAGAUCCAGGGGCUGUUGUACAUGGAAAAAGCCUAACAGAAAGAGCACAACUUUUGAAGAAUGUCUUUAAGAAAAACCAUGUGAACUUGUACCGUUCUGAAUCUUUGCAACAAAAUCUGCUCCAUGGCUAUGCUUUCUCUCAAGAUGAAAAUGGAAUAGUUUCACAGUCGGAAGUCAUUCGAGCUUAUGAUACCACAAAACAAAGACUGGAUGAGUGGUGAAAGGGACUUGACUGAAGAAGUGGGCUCGAAUACUUACUUUCCUGAGACAACCUACUAGGGCUUUACUGGAAUCCGCUAAAUCAUUCCAGUCCAGGAAGUUACAAAAAAGAUCCGUGCUGAUGUCAUUGCGUGAAGUUCAGAUCCAUCUCUUCUGUAGACAGAAGCACUGUGCAACUCUACUGGAACAACAUCUCUUUCAAAGUUUUCUAAACAAGUAUUUGCUUCUCUCUUUGUAAACAGAAGUUGAAAAUGUCUCCUGCCAGAUUGCUCACUUAAAAUGAGGUUUUUUUCAGUGUUGUUCUUACUCCAUAGCUAGGGAUAAAGCUAGUGCUGAGAUUGCUGAAUAUACCAGACGAUGACAGAUCUCUGCUGUUUAUGAAAAAACUGUGAAAUGGCAUUAUGUCAAAGAGGGACUGGACUGUUGGUAACAAGACUCAGAUUCGAAAUGAGCUGAUAACCAGCAUUUUUAAGGGGCGGACUCAUCUUUCCGAGUAAAAUUUCUAAGCAAGGCAACAAUGGUUGUGAGUGUCAAAACCGUCCUAAUAAAUGUUUGCCAAAGAAGUUCAAUAAAUGUAUUUCUCUUUCAGUAGCCAUUUGCACAGAAAUGUCAAAGAAAAAUUUCCUUCUCGUCAUUUUGUCCGAACUGCAUGCUUGACUUUUUAUCCGUAAGAUGAUCAGUUUGCAAAAAUGAGUCAAAUUCAGGUUUCGUCUAUGGCAUUUGCUACUAAAAUCUGUAACGUUUUGCACCUUCAGCCUUACGAAUGCUUCUUUCUUCCUUGUCUCGUUUAUCUGUCGGUGUCAGAGAGGUACAUUUUCACGUGGCAACUCUCUUAGUUAUGAUGGUAAUUUUUUAAUGUUGUGUUUCUAUCUAUUAGCCAGCUCUAGUGGAUUUCCAUCUUUUUCUAUGAUGUUUCUCUGCUCUAAAUUUUGUGGCCUGACGUGGUAUUGUAAAGUCCUAAGAGGAGCCUUUUUUUUUUCCACUUGAGAAAAAUACAUUUACAUAUUUAUAUAAGAUUUCCAAAGUUUCUGUUCAAAUCUUUGAAAUACCACAUCAGAUAAAUGCAUUUGCUUUUAUAACGUCCUUUGGUUUUACUUUCCAAUUCCCCCUGGAGGUUACCGCUGUCUUAUAUAGACAAACCAUGUGUAAUCUAUAUUUAAGAAUGAGUAAUUAGUUUGCUGUUCAGUUGUCAGAAGUAGCUACUACAUUUCAUUUAACUAAAAUGAAUCAUAUGUUAAUGGAAAAAACACAUUUUUUAAGAUGCAAAAAAAAUGCUCAUUUUACCCAAGGCCAGAGUUGAGAAAUGAGGAGCACGCCUCAAUAUAGAUGGUUGUAUCGAUAUGCUUGUUAAAUGAAUGUUUAGUUCAUUUGACACUUCUGAACUAUUAAAAAUGCCUAUUUUGCUAUGAAAAGCAAGUGACAAUAUGCUUGACGAAGCAUAAGCAAAUUUGUAUUCCCAUUUUAAACAUAUUGCUUUUAUUUUAGAUAAAGAGAACUCCAAUUUCCAGAUACUUAUAGUAGAUUGAAACACAUGUUGCCUUUUAGUGAGUAGCAGAUUUGCCUUUCAGUGGACAAGAGAUGCCUAAGACAUGAAACUUGCUUCUUUUUUUGUUUUUUUUUUCUUUUUAAAAAAAUUUGUAUGUAAAACAUUUCCAUAUUACUCAUUCUGUAAGUCUUUGUUUUUAAGAAAGGAUUGUUUACUAAAUCAACCCUUGAGUUUAACAAUUUCACAGUCAUCAUUCUAAAUUCAGAUUUAAAAUAAUUGGGUCAUAUCUCAAGGGCAUCUAAAGUCCCUUUCAGUUUUGAACUUCUCUGGUUCUAUGACAAAAGAAUCAUUUCACUCACUGUAUCCACAGCUACUCUCUACUUCUUUGUCAAGUAAAUUCCCCUUCCUUUCUCCUUUCCCUACAGAAAGAUAUCACAUGUUCAAUUUAACUUUAGUUCAGGGCACUUCCAGCCCAUAUUCAGAGAUAACAGUUUUAAGGAAUCAUGACCUAGAAAGAUUAUUGAAGAGUUGAGUAUUGAAGAAUAGAGCUAUUUUCUGAAUUAUGUCAUUUCUAAAGUUUAAAAUAUAUAAUGCCCAAAUAUUUAUCCCUUCUUUUAAAUGUCUUUAGUCAUCCCUUCCCUAGUUCAUAUAUUUUUAUAUACUUACCCAAGUGAAGAUUUUUGAGAAAGAACCACAAAUAUUCAAAAAGAAGUAAAUAUAUCCCAUCUACCAAAAAAAAGAGAUCUUUUCAAAAAAUCAUCUUCUACUUCUAUUUCCUGCCCCUCUUCUUACUCUAAACACCUUACCUUCCAAAAGUUAUCAAUGAGAUAGAAUUGAAUUUCCUGGCCUAAAGGUAAUACUUAUAUUAUUGAUCCAUGGUUUAUUUUGGUGAAAUUUAUUAACAUUAGUGAGAUAUUCUAUUUAAAUGAUUCUCUUUAAAUUCACAAAAUUAAUUAAUUUAUCAUGACUCAGUUUCCCCCAGCACUUGCAUUACAGUCUGGCAUAGAAGUCAGGGUGCUAGAUUUUAAGUGAAGGCAGCUAUUCUAAUUCUGCCACUGACACUUAGUAUGGCCAAGGUAAUUUACCCCUCUGAACCUCAUUUGUCUCAUCUGGAAAAUGAAGACUAUAAUCCUUGCAGUUCCUUUUUCAUAGGUUAAUGGGAUCUUAUGAAAUGAGAAUAUUUUAUAAACUUGAAAGCAUUCUAUAAAUUUUCAUUCUCAAUAAUAUCCACAUUUCUAUCCCAUAAAGAACAUUUUAACCAAAAAGAAAAAAGUCAUGGCUUUGUUUUCAUGAUAUCAAACCUUAGUAAAACUUAAAAUAUAUAUUUAAUCAUAGGAUCUUUGCAUUAUUAAAGCAAAUCACAGCUACUCUAAGAUUCCUUGUUACCUUCUUCAUAAGAAAAAAAAAGUUUUCACAGGAUUAGUAGAGCUGAGGUACACUGAUUCUACCUUCUCUUUGUAGCCUAUUCUGAGUUAGAAGUCUGUUUUGGACAUCAGACAUCCCAAGUCGGUUUUUACUCUUAGGCACUAAGGAAACUUGUUGCUUCACAAGAACUACCACUUAUAAAUUUUUCAUGUGCAAAUCUCAACCUAUCUAGCUGUAUCAGGGUUUUGAUUGUAUAUUUGCACCAAGAAGUUGCUAUUUUCUGAAAAAUGUUAACAGCCCAAUGGUGUUUCUCAGGAAGUUAGUGUAAAAAAAAGAAAGAAAAAAGAAAUGAUUCAGAUAUUUUAGGGAAGAAAAAAAAAAAACUUUAGGCCAUCUUUGCCUAUUGCUAAUCAGGUCAGAUGCACUAUACCGGGUUUCCCGCUCACUAGAGUUAGUUUCAUACAUUUUGUUUCUGCUUAUUAAUCUAAGCCAAUGAUUUCUGCUCAUUUCAAGUGAGAACAAUGAGUGGUCAGUUAUUGAAUAAUAAAUUUUAUUGUGAAAUGUUAAAUUAUAAUUUCUGAAUCCAGUAUUUUCCAAAUUCAGUAUAGAAUGCACUGAAUAAUUUGUGAAAUUCUGCAUAAUGUGCAGUGCUGAAUAACAGCUUUGCAUUUAAAAUCCCCUUUCACAAACAAUGCCUCUAUAACAUUGGAUUUCUUAUAACCGGUUAUGACAUGCUUGUAACCAUGUCAUAAUUAUUGUUAGCUAAGUAAUCCUCGGUGAUUUUUGCAUAUAUUGUGGAAUUGCUUUUUUGCUCAUUUAAGAAGUCAUUUUGUCAAUAAAGUAGUUGACUUAGGAAUGAUCAUUUUCUAAAAAGUUGUUCCUCCAUAUAACUGUUAAAUACACAUGCCCCCACACACAAACACAUAUACACGGACCAGAUUUGUUUGGUUUUCUUUGUAAAGUAUAUAACACCACCCAUGAUUAGGGGCCUAAUAAAUGAGAUGAUAAUGAUAAUGAAAAUUUCUAUUAUAUGAUGAAAGGUUACCAUAUUGUGAAUUUUUCUCAUUUAAAUAACUAAACUUCCUUUAUGAAACUUCUACUUUGUCACAUUUUAAUUAAUCUUGGACAGCUAUAAAAUGGAAAGUAUGUGAAAUUGUAAAGGAAAGGAAAUGAUUUUUCCCUUUUAAAAUCUCGAUUCGCAGCUAUGCUUCUGAUGAGUAGUUUAUGGUUUGUCUGCAUGAAUUAAUAUUCUAAAGUGGCCUAAGCAAAUGCAUGACUUUUCCUAUAAAUCUUGAUAUUUCCUUCUGCUUUCCAAAGUCAUAUCAUAGUAUAUCCAAGAAUUAAUGUUCAUCAGUAGAUAAAUGCAUUGGUCCUCAGUUCAGCCUUUUAAGAUGAGAUUAUUCUUUUCAAACAAAUUUCAGGAGAUUUGACUAAAUCAUUUAUUUGAAUUGAUUGACAGAAUUUUGCGUUUUGAAGUUUUUUGGCAAAUAAACCUCUUAAGGAGGAAAUAUGGUAGCAUUCUGAAGAUUGGAUUUUCAUACCUGCUUAUUCCUAAUUCUGACUUUCUUUAAGUGAAUCUCUUGUUGUAAAAUGUGACCAGAAUAUAUAAAAAGAUUACAUGUGUGUCGUUGUUCUAGAAUAGAAGCCAUAAAUACAGUGAGCAGUGGAUUUUUUUCCUAUCUGGAGCUUCAUUUUUGACUUAAGUAUUUCAGUGUAUAUUAAGUGAACGUGCUGCAUUGAAAGCAGCAACCAGGCAAAGCUACAGUUUGCCUUAAAGGGAUUGUGGGAUUGUCUGAUUGCACCUCACUGUUAGUGCAGAAGCUGUUGUGGAACCUUCACAGUUGCAUGAGUGGAGAAUUGUUUUGACUCUGUGUUUAUGGUAGUUUUCUCAGGUUUGUUUUAACUUGACAUUAAA